GUAAGGAGAGCUGGAGUUGUUCUAGGCAAGACAGGAGCCAUGAGGCGGCCCCCAGAAGAGGCUGCCAGAGAGGGUCCAUGCGGCUGGGGCCUAUGGAGGGUCCAGGAGUCCCGGAGGCUAUGCUGUACUGGUCCUGACCGCUGUGGGCAGGCCUUGCUGCAGAUUGGGAUCAACAUGAUGGCAUUGCCUGGAGGCCGCCACCUGGACCCCACUCCCCUGCCAGGGCAGCGGCUGGGCCUAAUGCAGGUAGACUCAGUCCAGCGCUGGAUGGAGGACCUGAAGCUCAUGACCGAGUGUGAAUGCAUGUGCAUCUUGCAGGCUAAGCCCAUCAGCCUGGAGGAGGAUGCGCAGAGUGAUCUCAUUUUGGCAGGAGGUCCAGGGCCUGGGGACCCCCUGCAACUGCUGCUCAAGCGGGGCUGGGUCAUCAGCACGGAGCUGCGCAGGAUCGGGCAGAAGCUGGCACAGGACCGCUGGGCACGUGUGCACAGCAUGAGUGUGCGUCUGACUUGCCACGCCCGCUCCAUGGUCAGUGAGUACAGCGCAGCCAGCAGGAGCUCCUCGCAGGAAAUGGGCCAGGUGGAGAAGUUGCUAAUGGAGAAGUGCUCAGAGCUCUCUGUGGUCACUGAGAGGUGCCUGCAGGUGGAGAAUGAGCAUGUCUUGAAGUCGAUGAAGGCCUGUGUGAGUGAGACCCUGAGCACGCUAGGGCAGCACUUUGGGCAGCUGCUGGAGCUGGCACUGACACGGGAGGUGCAGGCACUGGUGAGAAAAAUUGAUGCCUCGGACAACAUCUACACCACAGAGACCACCACAGGGAAUCUGUUCAGCCUGACCCAGGAGGGGGCUCCUUUGUGUCGCAUCAUAGCCAAGGAAGGUGGGGUUGUAGCACUCUUCAAGGUCUGCAGACAGGACAGUUUCCGGCCCUUGUACCCCCAGGCGCUCCGUACACUGGCCUCCAUCUGCUGUGUGGAAGAGGGUGUUCACCAGCUGGAGAAGGUGGAUGGUGUUUUGUGCUUAGCCGACAUUUUGACCGAUGACAGCCACUCAGAGGCCACUCGGGCUGAGGCUGCAGCUGUGGUAGCCCAAGUCACCUCCCCACACCUGGCCUUUACUCAGCACCUCAGUAGCUUCCUGGAGAGCAUGGAAGAGAUUGUGACAGCCCUUGUCAAAUUGUGCCAAGAGGCCUCAUCUGGGGAAGUCUUCCUGCUGGCCUCUGCGGCCCUUGCCAACAUCACCUUCUUUGACACAAUGGCCUGUGAGGUGCUUCUGCAGCUGAAUGCCAUUCGCAUCCUCUUGGAAGCCUGCAGUGACAAGCAGAGGGUGGACACGCCUUAUACCCGGGAUCAGAUUGUGACUAUCUUAGCAAACAUGUCUGUUCGGGAUCAGUGUGCCUCAGAUAUCAUUCAGGAGAACGGGAUCCAGCUCAUCAUGGGUAUGCUCUCUGAGAAGCCAAGGUCUGGUACACCUGCUGAAGUAGCAGCUUGCGAGAGAGUCCAGCAGAAAGCUGCAGUGACCCUGGCCCGUCUCAGCCGAGACCCAGCUGUGGCCCAGGAAGCCGUGCGUCUCAGCUGCAUGUCCCGUCUCAUUGAGCUCUGCAGAUCCCCAUCAGAGAGAAACAGCAGUGAUGCUGUGCUUGUGGCCUGCCUGGCUGCUCUGCGGCGAUUGGCUGGGGUCUGCCCUGAAGGCCUCCAGGACUCUGACUUCCAGCAGUUGGUCCAGCCUCGCCUUGUGGACUCCUUCUUACUCUGCAGCAACAUGGAGGAGAGUUUUGUGUAGUGAGUGUAGGAUAGGAAAGGCACUCAGU